UCCGGCUCGCAAUGUUGGGAACGUUACAUCUUAAAAUAUUUAUUUCAUGCUAAAAACCUUGAGGAAAAUUGUAAAGAUAUUCUUCGGAUUAUCAGAUGUGCUGGAUGACAGUUCUUGGGUCUGAUGGGGGCAUUGUAUAGUUGUUGUUGGCGGAGUUACUGCAAUCUUGAUGAGAACCUAGAUGAGAAGAACGCUAUUUUACGAUAUGAGACUUCCAAAAUGCAGAGCAUCAGGCCUCAGACCUCCUCCAGGACUCAGACCUCCAGAGCCUGCAUGUCCAGCCACAGUGACCCAAGCCCGGGUCAGGAGGGCCUGUCUUGGAGAACAGAGGAGCAGGAGUGGAUCCCCUGGAGCAGCCCCAGGACCUCCGUGGGAGAUGCAGAGUCGGACGGAGAGCUCCAAGCCUUUAUCACGAUGAGGAACGAGGCGGAUACGUACACAGAGGAGUGGGAGAAGCUCAACUAUGACAUCCAUAGUCUGAGAUACACCAAACGAGAAAUCAGCAGCCGAUGGAAGAAGAUUCUAACACAGCUAGGCUACCAGCGUGAGGUUGACUCUCUCCUGACGGUGAACAGACAGCUGUUACAGACAACACUGAGUGGAUCGGAUAACCUGAACAGAGCCAGACAACUGUUACAGACCACUCUGGACCACUCUAGUUUGUUCCCACGAGGAGUGGCUAGCACAGACAGAUACCUCUUUGUUAUGGAUCGCUUGGUGUCUCUGGAUAGUGCAGAGGAUUUCAUCAGACUGGCGAAGGAGAAAUACCCAAAGAGAGAGAGUUGUGAAUGAGAGACAGAAUGGAGAGACAGAAUGGAGAGACAGAAUGGAGAGAC